UAAUAAUAUCAAAACACAUCGGUGAGCAAGAACACGGCCAGCAGACAGAAAAAUGGAGAACGGCACCAGCCGCCAGGGGGACGACGGCGUGGGUGAGACCCGACCCCGGUGGCGCUUCUCCCGGCCAUCAGUGGGUACGGGCCUGACGGCCGCCGGUAGCCUGAGCAUCCGCGCGGUGAUCGGCCGUCUCACCUCUUCCAUCGACCCUUCCAGCACGCGCUCCGUCGUGCAUCUCGCCCAUGGCGACCCCACCGCCUCCGCCUGCUUCCAGACGGCGCCGGAAGCCGAGGACGCCGUCGUGGACGCGCUCCGGACCAGGGAGCACAACGGCUACUCCCGCAGCAGCGGCGAACCCCACGCGCGCAGUUCUGUUGCAGAGUACCUAUCCCGAGAUCUUCCCUACGACCUUUCACCAGAUGAUAUUUACCUGACCUCCGGGUGCGUCCAGGCGAUCGAGAUCAUGAUCUCUGCUCUUGCCCAGCCUGGCGCUAACAUCUUGCUUCCGAAACCUGGGUUUCCGUUGUACGAGGCGCGGACCACAUUCAGCAAUCUCGAGGAUCGACAUUUCGACCUCAUGCCCGAGACAGGCUGGGAGGUAGACCUCGAGUCCGUGAAGGCUCUUGCUGAUGACAACACUGUUGCGAUUGUCAUAAUCAACCCUGGUAACCCUUGUGGGAGCGUGUACUCGCAUGAUCAUUUAGCCCAAAUUGCAGAAACUGCCAGAGAGCUUGGCAUAUUGAUAAUUGCUGAUGAGGUAUAUGCCCAUUUGGCAUUUGGGGAUAGGCCUUUCAUACCGAUGGGUGUUUUUGCCAAGACAGCCCCAGUGAUCACCUUGGGAUCUAUAUCUAAGAGAUGGCUUGUGCCUGGUUGGCGACUUGGCUGGAUCGCAACAUGUGACCCGGAUGGCAUCUUAAAGGAAGCCAAGGUUAACCAAGCAAUUCAGAGCUAUGCCAAUAUCUCAACAGAUCCUGCAACAUUUGUUCAGGGAGCAGUCCCCCAAAUUAUUGCCAACACAAAGCAAGAGUACUUCAACAAAAUUCUUGGUCUGUUAAGGAACUCAUCGGAUUUAUUGUUCGGUAAAAUAAAGGACAUCAGGGGCAUUACAUGUCCGCACAAACCGGAGGGAUCAAUGUUUGUGAUGGUAAAGUUGGAUCUCUCUUGCUUGGAUGGCUUUUGCGAUGAUAUAGAUUUCUGCUGCACGCUGGCAAAAGAAGAAUCUGUAUUAGUUAUGCCAGGUACUGCACUAGGAAUGAAGAAUUGGGCUCGCAUCACUUUCGCCAUUGACCUACCAUCUCUUGAAGAUAGCCUUGAAAGGAUCAAAUCUUUCUGCGACAGGCAUGGUAAAGUUGAAGCCUAGGCUCAAAGAUGGUUGAACUUUUACACUGCUGUGGUGAAUCGCCAGCUACGCGUUGGCUCGCCCUAGUGUUGUUUUCAAUAAUUACUUCUCUUGGUGUGACCGCAAUGAUGAUUAUUUAGCUUGUCACUCAUAUAUUCGGGUGUACUAUUCCUGAUUGACUCAGACUGGAUACACGACAUGCUAUUGUAAAAUGUUGUAAUCUGUAACCACUAUUGGUUAUUGAUGAUCUUAAUACGAUACGGGUUCUAAAAUCA